GCGCUUUGAAUUAUUUAAGAGUAGAAACACCUUCCUCUGACAUGACUUGAGAAGUGUCGGCUUUGAAAGCGAAGCUGUCUGCAUUCACAAAGACAUGAAUUUAGAUGGGGACAGCAGCAUGUCAGUCAGUUGUGGGAAUGGCAAACUUAGACAGUGGCUCAUCGAUCAGAUUGACAGCGGGGAGUAUUCCGGCUUGGUUUGGGAAAAUGACGAGAAAACCAUUUUCAGGAUUCCCUGGAAGCACGCUGGGAAACAGGACUACAACCGCGACGAGGACGCAGCGCUCUUCAAGGCGUGGGCCCUGUUCAAAGGCAAGCACAGAGAAGGCUUGGACAAACCAGACCCUCCAACAUGGAAGACGAGGCUCCGCUGUGCCCUGAACAAGAGCAAUGACUUUGAUGAGCUGGUGGAGAGAAGCCAGCUGGACAUCUCAGAUCCUUACAAGGUCUACAGGAUAAUACCAGAAGCAGCCAAGAGAGGCUCUAAGUCCAGCAGUAUGGAUGACAGCGCAGCACACGUGACUUCUAUUAGUUAUCCAAUGCAUUCUUCUUAUCCUCCUCUACAGCCUCAGUACAUAUACAUUUACUGCUUGUUCCUAGCAGGAUACCAGAUAUCUGGCUCCUUCUACACAUAUUCGCCUACAGAAACCCAUCCAGUGGCAAUGGACCCCAGUAUGAGAUCUGCCGAAGCCAUGGCUAUUUCAGACUGCCGCCUGCACGUCUCUCUGUACUAUCGCGAGUCUCUGGUGAAGGAGGUGACCACCAGCAGCCCUGAAGGCUGUCGCAUCUCCUCCUCUCCGUCUCCAGGAUCCCCCUCGUCCCCGUCGUCCCCGGGCCCCGAGGAGCGUCUGUACGGCGGGGCCGAGCCCGUGCUCUUGCCCUUCCCGUACCCUCAGUCGCAGCGGCGCGGGGCCGAGAAGCUGCCUAACGUGCUGGAGCGCGGCGUGCUGCUGUGGCUGGCUCCGGACGGGCUUUACGCCAAGCGCCUGUGCCAGGGCCGCGUGUACUGGGAGGGCCCGCUGGCCCCGUACGCUGACAAACCCAACAAGCUGGAGAAAGAGCAGACCUGCAAGCUGAUGGACACGCAGCAGUUCCUCUCAGAACUGCAGGGCUUCAUUCACCACGGCCGUCCCAUGCCGCGCUCUCAGGUGGUGCUGUGUUUCGGAGACGAGUUUCCAGACCCUCAAAGACAGAGCAAAAUGAUCACAGCUCAGGUGGAGCCCAUGUUUGCCCGACAGCUCCUGUAUUUUGCAGGCCAGACCAACGGGCACUACUUGCGCGGAUAUGAGCUUCAGAGUCAAGGUGCUUUACCUGUAGAAGAGUAUCAGAGAAGCAUCCAGCACUUGCAGGAGUAACAAGCUUCAGCUAAGAUACUGCAAAGCCCAGCCGCUCGCACUGUAUCUGCUCUACAGCCAGCGGAGGCUAGUGAAAGCCAAUGGAGCAUCAUUGACAUUGUAAUGAAGACUUGAAAUCGCAUUGUGAUUACCUGACCAAGUGCCCACUUACACUUCCUAAAAGCUACAAACUCUUCGGACACCAUACAGUAUUGGAUGCAGUCUUUUUGUAUGAAAAGCGUUCAUGAAUUAUGUCUCAGUGAGUCUGAGAACACAUGGAAAAAUGUUGGUUUGUUUCAUGUCAGCUCCUUUUCUGCUGCAAACACAAGCAAAACACAAACCACGUGCUAAAACAGUGUCAAGUUCAUUUCAAUUCAACGUUUCACUCACGUUGUGCUGAUAAUGUGUAGUGGCAAAUUAUGCAAAGCAGAAGUGUACUCAGAUUUCUGGACUCCCAAAUAUUUCAUAUGGACAUUUGAGAAAGAAGCUAACCAAAAACAAAACUACAAUCGAGCUAUUUUUCCCAUAGGAAUUGUUUGUUAGUGGGACACAUAUUUUUGAUACGUCGAUGUAUAGUUGCAUAGACUUUCUAUUACUGGUCUAUAUUGCUCUGCUUUUCUAACACGAUCCUCUUUUUUCUCAUUGUUUUCGGCGCCGUGUGAGUAUUUAUAUUGUAUGCAUGUAGGUUUCUAUAUGCACAGCCGAAUGUACUGUAUAGCUGUAUAGAUAUCUUGAAUGUAAUCAAAGUAAUUAUUUCUCUGAAUGGCAUCUGACAAGAAGUUAUAUAAUGCUAAAUACUAAGAAACAGUUUGUGGUUGUGUGUGUGUGUGUGUGAUUGUUAUCUGCUUUCAAGUAAAGAUCUAUGUUGCAAAUGUAAUCAUGACAAAAUCUGCUUCUCCCCUUUGUGUGUGUGUGUGUGUGAGUGUGAGUGUGAGUGUGUGUGAGUGUAAGUGUGUGUG